CAGUGCAGUCUGUCUCAGCCACUACUGGAUGCACGAGCUAUUACGACUGAUGGUGCCACUAUCCGUCGCUGAAACGUCACUUAAAUCGAAGCAUUCGGUCCCAGAGUAAGGCGAGAGCACUCCCACAGCACCUUGCACGUCCCUGGUUCAUUCAGCUUAAACUGCAGCUUUCAGUGCAUGGUAUUGUUCGAACAUGCCCGCACGCUGCCAGCCGCGCAUCCGGAGUCGCCAGCCUCCAAAGAUGCUUCAUUUGUCGCUGUUAUUCGCCUGCGCUAUGACAGCCCUCACAGUGGAAAGCAGUAAAUCACCGCCCCAUAUCGUGUUCAUCCUUGCCGACGACCUGGGAUGGGGCGACGUCAGCUUCCACGGCUCCCCACAGAUCCCCACGCCCAACAUCGACGCACUUGCCAGCACGGGAGUGGUUCUCAACAACUACUAUGUGCAGCCGACCUGCUCGCCUUCCAGGGGAGCGCUCCUGAGUGGCCGCUACUGCAUACACAUAGGUUUCCAGGAGACCCCCCUGCUGCCACGACAACUCGGGGGCCUACCUCUCGACAUCAAGAUCAUGCCCGAAUAUUUCAAGGAGUUGGGCUACGAGCCACACAUCGUGGGAAAGUGGCACCUGGGAUACUUCAGCUUCAACUACACUCCAACCUACCGUGGCUUCGACAGCUUCCUCGGAAUGCACGUCGGUCCCACAGAUUAUUACACUCAUGUGCUGAAAUGGGAUGGCCUUCAGGGCCUUGACUUCUGGGACAACACGGAUCCCCUGAAGACAGAGAAUGGCACAUAUUCGACUACGCUGUUUACGACAAGAGCCAAAUCUAUUAUCGCCAACAGGGACAAGUCAAAGUCAUUGUUUCUGUACUUGGCGCAUCAGGCGACGCACGGCGGCGUCGGCCCAGAACCGAUUGAAGCUCCCAGAGAGAACGUGGCCAAGUUUCCGUACAUCGACGAUGACGUCAGGAGGGUUUACGCAGGAAUGACGGAUGCUCUGGACCAGUCCGUCGGUAUCGUCCUGGAAGCGUUGGAAGAGGCGUCCAUGCUGCGCGACACCAUCAUUGUUUUCAGCAGCGACAACGGCGGUGCUCCGACGGGCCCCGUCUCCAACGGGGGCAUGAAUUGGCCUCUGCGUGGGGGCAAGGGCACCCUCUGGGAGGGCGCAAUCCGUGCGGCCGGGUUCCUCUGGACUCCCCAACUUCUGACGCACAGCAGGGUGUCCCACCAGCUGAUGCACGUCACCGACUGGCUUCCCACGCUCUAUUCUGCAGCUGGUGGUGACGUGGAACGUCUGACACCAGCGGACGGCUUCGACAUGUGGCGGGCACUCACCGAGGGCGAGGAGUCGCCGCGAUCGGAGAUCCUGAUCAACAUCGACCGGAGCUCGGGCGAAGCGGCGCUGCGCUACCGGAACUGGAAGCUAGUCCUGGGAGACUUCGGCGACAUGGACCAGCACUUCGAGAUACCAGGAGGGAGCCGCCCCUACGGAGACCUGGACGACCUGAUGCGCAAUUCCAGCGCGGCAGGCGUUCUCCGACGCCUGUACGGGAAGGAGGACAUCUUCGAGCACGCCAGCCAGUGGAGGCGGGAAGCGACGAUCACGUGCGCAGACGACGCCGCCGGUAACUUCGCGGCUGGCGACAAACGCUACCUGUUCGACAUCGAGGAAGACCCUUGCGAGCUGCACAACUUGGCCGAAGAACAACCAGAACUUGUGUCGAUGCUGUUGGAGAGAUUGGAGGUCUACAACGAGAGCGUUGUCCCGCCCGUGGACGAGACCAUCGAUCCCCGGGGAAGUCCAGAGUACCACGACGGCGUCUGGGCACCGUGGGUGGACUGAGUAUAUGCGUGUCGAACUGAGAUGCACUUCUGACGCGGAAGCGCAUCCGACGUUGGCAGCGAAACAAUAGAGAGCUUUAGAAUUGGGGACCCAAGACUCUGGGUCCCCCCAAGGCGCGUUGGGCAGGCUGAUCUUGGGUUUAGAGGACCAGCAGAGUUUGAGAAUUGGGUCAAACAGGGCAGACAGCGUAGGGUCGAGUGCUCGGGACGCCGCAGUGGGGGAAAU